CAAACUUAUUCCCCACAACGGAGACUCCGACGCGGGGAGGACGAUCUACUUAAGUGGGGUUAGCGGACCGCCCUGUCUAAUAGUUAAUACUAGAAGAUCGCCCCACACGCCGCAUCGCCCCCCGUCCCGCAUCUCGCAGCCCAAAGCUCCCACACAUUCAAUUCCACGCGAUGGCAGCCUCUCGAAUGCACGCAGACAAGUUCUCGUCGAAGCUGAAGCUGUUCGUCGAGCGGCAGAAGCCGGGACUGGUGCAGUUCUUCCCAGACUACAAUUUUGACGAGUAUUCGCAGCGCGGGGCGGACAUGGUCGAGACGCUGGUCGAUCGGGCGUGUCCGCGGGAGAUCGCCGAGCAGUUUGCAGUUCUGGCACUCUAUGAUCUGGUCAUUCUCCUUGAUGAUAGCAGCUCGAUGGAGUACGAAGACGGCGGCAAUCGAAAAGAUAUGCUGAAGAAGGUUUUGGAGGCGAUUGCCGAUGUCUACGAGCUAGCACGGGAGGAGGGCAUCGUCUCCGUCCGAUUUCUCAAUAACCCGACGGGGCGCAAAGAUAUUAAGAAGGCAGACGUUGCUGGGCUUCACGCAGAGAUCCAGUACGACGGAGUCACUAUGACGGGCACGGAGCUGCAGAACAAAAUCUUGAAACCGUUCGUCCUCGAACCACAAACUCCCAUGCGCAAGCCGCUGCUUACAAUGAUCAUUACCGACGGCGAUAUUGAGGGCGAGAAGCAGGGGGUGCUGAAGAGGAACAUCAACAACUGUCUCGCAAAGUUGGACAACGAUUCCGAAAGGACGGUUGACUCCGUUGCAUUCAUGUUUGCACGCAUCGGAGACGAUCCGGCGGCUAAGACGCUGAUCGAGGCCCUGGACGAUGACGACAAACUGGGCGCGUGGAUCGACUGUCUUCCGGUCGACUCUCACCUGGACGAUAUCGAUAUCAGCACUAACGGACGGUCGCACUGGGACGUGCUGCGAAAACUUAUGCUCGGAGGUCUCUAUGAAGACGUGGACGAAGACGACGACAUCUAUGAUGAGUCGCUACCAUUCGAACCGCAUGGGAAAGGCCCAUGCGUAGAUGUAUAGGAAGGGCGGCUUGACAUGGGUUCGGGUGGAGCUUUGUUUUUGUUUGAUCAGUGAUUGCUUGCGACCUAAGUAGAUCAUGGCAAUAUAAGUACACACUCCGUUUCCUCGCCACUGUCCGAUCCGGGUUCGGGUGGAACUGGUUGCCGACGGACUGGGAGCGGGUG